UUUUUUUUAGAUUGGCAAACACAUUACCUAUUUACAGCAUAGAGACCCCAAUGGAGAGCUAGAUUAUUUGAACUCCAGAAGGACCAACACCAGAUAAAUUAUGAAUGUUGAACAAGAUGACCUUACAUCCACAGCAGAUAAUGAUAGGUCCUAGGUUUAACAGGGCCCUAUUUGACCCCCUGCUUGUGGUGCUGCUGGCUCUUCAACUUCUUGUGGUAGCUGGUCUGGUACGGGCUCAAACCUGCCCUUCAGUGUGUUCCUGCAGCAACCAGUUCAGCAAAGUGAUUUGCGUUCGGAAAAAUCUGCGCGAGGUUCCAGAUGGCAUCUCCACCAACACGCGACUGCUGAACUUACAUGAGAACCAAAUCCAGAUCAUCAAAGUGAACAGCUUCAAGCAUCUGAGACACUUGGAAAUCCUCCAGUUGAGUAGGAACCAUAUUAGGACCAUUGAAAUUGGAGCCUUCAAUGGUCUGGCGAACCUCAAUACUCUGGAACUCUUUGACAAUCGUCUUACUACCAUCCCAAAUGGAGCUUUUGUAUAUUUGUCUAAACUGAAGGAGUUGUGGUUGCGAAAUAACCCCAUUGAAAGCAUUCCUUCUUAUGCUUUUAAUAGAAUCCCUUCUUUGCGCAGACUAGACUUAGGGGAAUUGAAAAGGCUUUCAUACAUCUCAGAAGGUGCCUUUGAAGGUCUGUCCAACUUGAGAUAUUUGAACCUUGCCAUGUGCAACCUCCGAGAAAUCCCUAACCUCACACCACUCAUAAAACUAGAUGAGUUAGAUCUUUCUGGGAAUCAUUUAUCUGCAAUCCGGCCUGGUUCUUUUCAGGGGUUGAUGCACCUUCAGAAACUGUGGAUGAUACAGUCUCAGAUUCAAGUGAUUGAACGGAAUGCCUUUGAUAACCUUCAGUCACUAGUGGAGAUCAACCUGGCACACAACAAUCUAACAUUACUGCCUCAUGACCUCUUCACACCUUUGCAUCAUCUAGAGAGGAUACACCUGCAUCACAACCCUUGGAACUGUAACUGUGAUAUACUGUGGCUCAGCUGGUGGAUAAAAGACAUGGCCCCUUCCAACACAGCUUGUUGUGCCCGGUGUAACACUCCUCCCAAUUUGAAAGGGAGGUACAUUGGAGAGCUCGACCAGAAUUACUUCACAUGCUAUGCUCCUGUGAUUGUGGAGCCCCCUGCAGACCUCAAUGUCACUGAAGGCAUGGCAGCUGAGCUGAAAUGUCGGGCUUCUACAUCACUGACAUCCGUAUCUUGGAUUACUCCAAAUGGAACAGUCAUGACUCAUGGGGCAUACAAAGUGCGGAUAGCUGUGCUCAGUGAUGGUACAUUAAAUUUCACAAAUGUAACUGUGCAAGAUACAGGCAUGUACACAUGUAUGGUGAGUAAUUCUGUUGGAAAUACUACUGCUUCAGCCACUCUGAAUGUUACUGCAGCAACCACUACUCCUUUCUCCUACUUUUCAACUGUGACAGUUGAGACUAUGGAACCUUCUCAGGAUGAGGCACGGACCACAGAUAACAACGUGGGCCCUACUCCAGUGAUCGAUUGGGAGACCACCAAUGUGACCACCUCUCUCACGCCACAGAGCACAAGGUCAACAGAAAAAACAUUCACCAUCCCAGUGACUGACAUGAACAGUGGGAUCCCAGGAAUUGAUGAGGUCAUGAAGACUACCAAAAUCAUCAUUGGGUGUUUCGUGGCCAUCACACUCAUGGCUGCAGUGAUGCUAGUCAUUUUCUACAAGAUGAGGAAGCAGCACCAUCGGCAAAACCAUCAUGCUCCAACAAGGACUGUAGAAAUCAUUAAUGUGGAUGAUGAGAUCACAGGAGACACACCCAUGGAAAGCCACCUGCCCAUGCCUGCUAUCGAGCAUGAGCACUUAAACCACUAUAACUCUUACAAAUCUCCCUUCAAUCACACGACAACAGUUAACACAAUAAAUUCAAUACACAGUUCAGUGCAUGAACCGUUAUUGAUCCGAAUGAACUCUAAAGACAAUGUACAAGAGACUCAAAUCUAAAACAUUUGCAGAGUUACAGAAAACAAUCAAAAAAAGACAGUUUAUUAAAAAUGACACAAAUGACUGGGCUAAAUCUACUGUUUCAAAAAGUGUCUUUACAAAAAAA